CCCCCUGCUUGCGUCACGGCCCCGCCCCCGCUGAGCCGGCUCUUUCUUUGCCCUGAGCGAGCGCUUGGGAGGUCGCCAUUGGGGCUCGCGCGCCGGGGGCAGCGGCGGAGCUAUGAAGAUCUGGAGCUCGGAGCACGUGUUCGGACACCCAUGGGAUACAGUUAUCAAAGCUGCUAUGAGAAAAUACCCCAAUCCCAUGAAUCCAUGUGUAGUAGGAGUAGAUGUGAUAGACAGAAGCCUCGAUAACCAGGGAAGGUUACAUAGUCACCGACUUCUCAGCACAGAGUGGGGACUACCAAGUAUUGUGAAAGCGAUUUUGGGAACAAGUAGGACUUUGACAUACAUUAAAGAACAUUCAGUGGUAGAUCCAGUAGAAAAGAAAAUGGAACUCUGCUCCACCAAUAUUACUCUCACAAAUUUGGUGUCAGUUGAUGAGAGGUUGGUCUACACACCUCAUCCUGAAAACCCAGAAAAGACUGUGCUAACUCAAGAAGCAAUUAUUACUGUAAAAGGCGUUAGCCUGAGUAGUUAUUUGGAAAGUUUAAUGGCCAACACAAUAUCCUCCAAUGCUAGAAAGGGUCGAGAUGCCCUGGAAUGGGUGAUCGGCAAACUAAACACAGAGUUUGAGGAGUUAACAUCAUCGACGAGAGAGCAUGAAAUCUGGAAUGGCAGCGGCAUCAGCAGCAGAGAACUGAGGCCGCAGAACACUGAGGAACUGCGACAGAACAACUUUAUCCCAUGAACUUUAUUUCCUUAAAUCUCUUCUCUGUCUGAUAGUGCCAGUCUUUUGUAUGUUCAUAGGAACGUCAGAACUCGAGAAAAACAUUGUUUUAGAUCUCUCUAGCCUCCAUAUCAACUUAUUUGAGCAGUGAAGACUAACAUGAGCUCUUAUGCUUUUUUAUUUAAAUAACCCCACGAGCUGUAGCCAAUUGAAACACAAUCUUUCUAGCAAUUCUUAAAAAUGCUAAAAUGUGCCUUUAUAAAAAGGCAGUAACUAAUAGGUUUCUUCUACAUUAUACCAUCUGUUUCUUGUGCUCACUUUUUUUAAGUGUGUGUACAUAUAUUUAUUAAGAAUUUCUUUAAAGAGAGCAGCUGCUGUAUUUUAUGAAGGGCGGAUGGGUAUAAAAGCACUGAAUCUAGCAUUAGUCUUCGCUGCCGAAGUGGAAUAGCAAAAAGUGACAAACACUAAAGGGAUGAAGAUAUUUACUCAGCUUAUCUGAAAAGCUAGAUGUUGCAUGGUGGUACUGACUCUUGCAUUGUUAAAGGCAGUGUCUGAAUGCAAUACACAGGUGAUUUUUAUGUCUUGGUAUCCAAACAUCCAACAGAUGUAGUGAGUAUUUAGAUGUGAAUGUAGAUGUUUAGUUACUUUGUGGGGAUAGAAAUAAUUUAUUUUUGUAAUAUUUAUUCACUGGCUCUAGUUGUGUGGGUGGUUUUUUUUUUUUUUUUCCCCCCUCCAUUUCGGGAAGAGCAACUGAUACCUCCAUGGAAACCAUUGGAAAACUAUUGACUUCUAAAUGCAACUUUUUACAAGGUGAUUUGAAUGAAGAGUAUCUUUGUUGCUUCAGAUUGUAACACUUAACUACUGUGAAAAUGAUUCUUAUGCCACAAAGAUAUCAUGAAGACUCGGCAGCAAACUCGGAUCCAUUCUGAAGAGUAACAGAUGUGGUAUUAAA